CACUAUAGAAAUCAUAGUCUAGUUUUACUAUGAUUAUGACUAUAUCUAUGGGUAAACCGAUGCUCAUUCUCUCUCUUCUAAAAAUACAAUUUUAAUUACGUGAGGCUCUCUCUAUCUUUAAUAUUAAAUCUAUGUUUAUAGCACACAUGUCAAAAUAUAUAUUAGAAGCUGUCAUAAAUUCUCUAUAGAUAUUCCCCAUCAUUUCAAUAUAUUGUCAUCCUUAAGAUCAAUAUACUAGUUUGCAAUUGGUUUAAAUAUUAUGUGUAUUGCUUUGACGAAAUGUUGAAAAAUCUCGACAACUUAGGAAUUAACAAAAUGUGAAUAGUGUUUCAAAAUGUUUACUCAAGUUUCAAAAAAUUAAAUAUAUUAAUCGAUAACCCUUAUAAGGUGGAUACGUGUUAAUUCAUUUUGAAUAGAUUCCUAAAUAAGGCAAUUAAAAAAGUCUCAUUAAAUUCAUCUGAAUGCUUAAUUCUGAAAUUGAUACUAUGUCUGGAAAAACAACUAUCAAGGGUAAUCCUUCUCAAUACGUUAAGCUCAACGUAGGGGGUUGUCUCCAUUACACUACUAUCGGUACUUUAACAAAACACGAUACAAUGCUUAGGGCAAUGUUCAGUGGCCGAAUGGAGGUAUUAUCUGAUUCUGAUGGUUGGAUUCUCAUUGAUCGAUGUGGUAAACAUUUUGGUACUAUCCUAAACUUUUUGAGAGAUGGAAGUGUUACCCUUCCAGAAUCAACAAAAGAUAUAGUAGAGCUCCUAGCCGAAGCCAAGUAUUAUUGUAUAGCUGAACUAGCUGAAUCUUGCAACAAAGCAUUAGCUAAAAAAGAGAGAGGAGAACUAGAACCUACAUGUAGGGUACCUUUAAUUACGUCUCAAAAGGAAGAAGAAAGUUUAAUAAGUUCCACUACAAAACCGGCUAUUAAAUUAUUAAUAAACAGACAUAACAAUAAAUAUUCUUAUACCACUGCUUCUGACGAUAAUUUAUUAAAAAAUAUUGAACUAUUUGAUAAACUUAGUUUGUGGUACAGUAAUAGGGUUCUAUUUUUGAAAGAUGUUAUCAGUACAAGUGAAAUUUGUUGUUGGGUGUUUUAUGGACAUGGAAAAAAGGUAUCUGAAGUAUGCUGUACUUCAAUUGUAUAUGCAACAGAUAAAAAACAUACAAAAGUUGAAUGCCCAGAAGCAAGAAUAUAUGAAGAAACUCUAAAUAUUCUAUUGUACGAAAAUAGAAAUGCUCCUGAUCAAGAAUUAAUGCAAGCUACAUCAACUAGAGGAGCAGUUAGUGGAAUGUCUUCUUAUACUAGUGAUGAGGAGGAAGAUAGACCAGUUCGUCCUUGAGUUUUCAUUGGACAGUGGCGGAUAUUAAAUAAUUUUUUGCUUUAUUUAAUAUUAACGCAACGUUUUCCAUGAAAUAUGUUUUACUAAUUUAUUUAAUAUCUUUAAUUUCCAUAAUUGGAAAAACAAUAUAUUCUAAACAAAUUGUUAGAUUUAAAACUAACAAUUCAUGUUUUAUAAAGUGUAUUCCGCUUACUGGAAAAAUAAAUUCCUGAAUAGAAUCACUCUGGAUAUUUUAAAAAAAUUAUUUGUUAUACGUUUAUCUUGCUAAUUUGUUUAUUAUUAAUCACUAAUUAAUUAGCAGUUCCUUGUGGAUAUAUAUCUCAGUGUAAUAUUGAGAAUUAUGAUUCAUAACUUUUUGUUAGGUUGAAGGGAGAAGCAGAAAAGAAUCUUUUGAAAGUAAUAAAAGAGAAAGUGUUUCACAGUGAAUCACUUUGUUAAUUUUUGUUGACCGAAUCCAAAUGCUACCCUAAAAGUUCAGUUUUAUCAAAAAUUUUAGUUAAUUAUACAUUAACAUAUUGAAAUAAAAUAUCGAAAGUUGGCAGAAAAAUAAUGUUUUGAAGAGCAUUUUUUAACUAAAAUGUUUUUUGUUUCACUUUGGAACACUACUGUGGUACAGUGAAACAGCAUAAACUAACAAUUUAAAAAAAAAGUAGGCUCUUUUGGCAAGUGUUUUCUGUUCUUUCAUACAGUUCCAACUACAUUUUUUUCUCGUUCCUUUAAUUUUAAAUAUAAAUUUGGAGACGAAUACCAAUUGUCCAUGUACAAUGAAUAGCCUUUUUUUCAAAAUGGGUUGUGUCAUUUAUAGGACUUAUAUAAGUUCCCGGUAUUUUAUUUGUGCCAACAUAGAUUUUAAAAUAAACUUGAACUUCGUAAAAGAUUUAUCUAGUGAUACUGCGCUCUCUGAAGCAUAUAGAUCGUCGAAUGUAUUAUUUAGGUAAUCAACUAAACUCCUUCCUAAUUCUAUAAUUUUUCUCCAAGUUUUCAUUGUCUGUAAAGUGAAGGAAUCUUGCGAUAUCAAAAAAUCUAUUCCAUUGCAUAUUGGUCGCAACAAUUGAAGUAUUUAUAAUAGUUCUUUUUGAUCAAUAUGAUUUCAAUUCAGAUUUUUUUACUUGAGACAUAAGAAAACAUAAUGCAACAUAUCCUUUCAUUUCAUCCACAAGUACCGGAAACCACUUUAGGGUUUCGUUUAUUUGCAACUUCCUGUGCAAUUAUUUGACUGGCAUAUUUAUUCGGUUAAUCCACUAUUAUUUUCCAAAAAAUUUAGUAUAAACUUGGUCUAUCACUUUCAAUGGCGUGGAAUAGAUUUCUUAAAUAAUUUUAUCUCAAUCUUUUGUAAUUAUUAAUACAUUCAUGGGAAAUAAAUAGUAGUCAUUUUUAUACGGGUGAUGUUGAAUAUCUUGAUGGAUUAUGGUUCUCACCGAUCUGUCACUUAUUUGUAGGGGUGUGGCGUGACAUACGGUCGAUCGACGUAGACUGCUUGUCGAACAUGUUCGUUAUUUUCAGGGGUUUGAAUCGUUCUGGCACUACCACCUCUUUUUCUAGACGUCGAUCCAGUUUGCUCGAGGUUGUUUACCCAAAUUUUAAUCGCAUGGUCUAACGGAACAGGUUGGUUACGCGGUAUGUUGAAAUGCUGUCUAAAAUCCCGACACGUUUGCAUUAAACUCUCGCCAUUUUGAUAACGCUCCAUUGUAGACUAAAUGGCAAGUCACUAGGGUCCCGACAGGCCUGUAACUGUCUUCCCUACCACUCCACUACUUAAUUUUUGAAAUUGUUUUAUAUCGAUAAAAGACGCGUGCGUUUUCAACGUAUUGGUAUUGCUUCACUAUCACUUUCGAAUUCAUUGUCGUUUUCAUAAUUUUCAUUCUCUAAUGCACUGUAAUCGCGAUUAUCAUAUAACUUUAAUUCUACUUUAUUGAAACUAUCAUUCUCGCUUUCAUAAAAUGAAUUUUUUAAUUCAGACAUCUUAAAUAUCGUACAUAAAAUAACAGGGAUAAAAUAAUUAUCAGAGGAAUUAACCUUAUUUGCAACUGUAAGAUGUCAAAAAGAAACGACAGGCAAUUGUUUGCGGUCAACGCCAACUGGCUGUGGUACCGCAAAAAUCAACUUCAUCUUCUCCAAUUCAAAUGACGAGUCAGACUCGUCCACCGUAACUUAGGGUUAAUAAAAAUAAUGAUUAGAAACAGUAAAAUAGUUUAAUCAGCUCAUCAUUUACAAUUGUUAAAUACCUAGAGUUUUCUAACAAGAAAUGAUAUAAAUACUUGUAUCCAGGAAUUUAUUAAAAGUUUGUUAUUUUAUGUAGAAUAUUUCAAUGUUUCUAAAUAUUAUUGUUUACAUUACUUUGUUUCUGUGAUUUAUUAUUGUAAUUUUAUGUUAUUUGUAUUAUAGAAAUUAGAAUAAGAUAUAAUUGUAACAGAAUUACAAAUAGAGAGAUUUUGUUGGAUUUAUAUUUGUUAACAAAUAAAUGAGUAACUGAUAA